AUGUCGCUCAAAUCCGUAGCGCCAGUCGAGACCGCGUCUUCUGGGGUCAGCAAGGGACAUAAUGUGGCGAUUAAUGGCUUUAUUGCCUGGCUUCUCAUCAUCACCGUGUUCGUGGCGUAUUUUUUUUGGGCGUUUCUUCCCAGGCAUGUGCUUGACCGGACGCUUAUGAGCUAUUACCCGGACAAAUAUUGGGCUGUGGCGUUACCGGCUAUCCUUGUCAUCUCGACGGUGUACUAUCUCUCCACCUCCUUUCUUUUAGUGUUGCACCGGACGAACCCUCUCACCGACGGAUUCUGUGUUGCGGACGCGGAUGCAAAGGAGGAUUAUCAUGGCCUCGAAAGCCUCUCCGAAGCGAAGGAGGGUGUUCCUCCGAUAACUGAAAUACCAGUGAGCGUGGCGAGUCGACUUCUCUUCCAGCCGUGGACUUGA